CGAUUUUCACACGAACUGGUUUGAGGUCUAACACGCACACAUGUAUGCAGCUGGUCGAUUUAAUAUAAGCGAAAGGAGGUUUUAUCUUACUUGAUGUUACGACGGUUGUUCGAUGCAGACAUACGGUGAAAUAUUUUUCAUCUGUGGCAUGUAAUGACGUUGCGAGCGCGGGAAAUUCGAAUCACAGACAACAUAACUUUUUAGUAUACAUUUCGUGUACCUAGUUGUGGGUAAAUAAAAAAAUAUUGUGGGACUUAAGUUCAGUUUUAAUGACAAUUAAAAAAAACUAUUUUACUUUUGAGUCAUUUUAGGUUACUGGCACAAUUUUCAUUUGUGUUAAAAACUAUACUGUGAUAAUUUAUUGACUGUUGAACGAAAUUUAGUGUAAAGUAACAGAAGCUUACGUUUUGUGUUUCAAAAACUGGAGCUAUAGUGUUAUGUUCUUUAUUUGAAGUUUGAAUAAAACAAAAUGAAGGAAUUAGUUCAAAUUUGGAACCGAGUGACGGGGAAGCAGUAUUCUUCGGUGAAUUCAAAUGAAAAGGAACUGAGAGAUUUAUCGAAUAAUCGAUUGAGAAGAGACAUCGAUACAUCGACUUUUGAAGCGAAUCUAUCGGAGUGUGAAGGACUCAAUAGUAAAUUCAGCGAUGAUUUGGACUUCAGUGAGAGAAAAGAGGAGAUAAUCAACAGAUUGUUUACAAAAAGGCGGAAUGGACAGACAACGCGGAAGCCAAAAUGUUUAUUUAUACUGUUCCUGUUGGGCUUCAUCUUUUUGGGAAUGGCUUUUGUUAUAUUGUUCCUACAUCCAUACGACGUGUUAUUCCGAUGGAAAGUGGUGCUGUCUGAUGGUGGAGAAAUCUUCGAAUCAUGGAGGAAACCAGAAGUGAAACUCUACUGCAGGGUAUAUCUGUUCAACGUCACAAAUGCUGAGGAAUACAUGUCUGGUCAGGACACUAAGAUCAAAGUCAAGGAAAUUGGACCGUUUGUGUACCGCGAGGCCCUGGAACACAGCAAUGUCACAUUCAACGAAAACGGAACCCUGUCUACGAUACCUCUACACCCUCUUAUUUGGGAGGAGGAAAUGUCUGAGGGAAACAAGGAGGAUGAUAUUCUAUAUCUACCUCAUAUUGCUUUAUUGUCCAUCGCCAACGUAGUCUCCCAGCAAAGCUUCAUGACUCGUUUCGGUUUGAACAACCUGAUUGGCUUGACCAACAGCCAGCCUCUCAUGAAGAUGACCGCCAGGGAGUUCAUGAUGGGCUACAAGUCCGAGCUGAUGACUUUGGGCAACACCUUCAUGCCCAGUUGGAUCUACUUCGAUAAACUUGGCCUUAUUGAUAGGAUGUACGACUUCAAUGGAGAUUUCGAAACCAUCUUCACCGGCGAGAAUGAUAUAUCUCGAUCUGGCCUCAUAGACACGUACAGAGGGUCCACCGACCUCCCACAGUGGGAUGGAAAAUAUUGCUCCAAUGUUCAGAACGCCUCUGAUGGGACCAAGUUCCAGGGAGCUGUUAGCAGAAACGAGUCUGUUUUGUUCUAUAGGAAGAGCUUAUGUCGAGCUGCCCCUUUGAUCCCGGUAGAAGAGAGUAUUAAGAAUGGUAUGAAAGCUUACAAGUACGUGUUCCCUGAGCAUAUGCUGGACAACGGAAAAUACAAUGAGCAAAACAAGUGCUUCUGCAGACAUGGUAAAUGUCUGCCUGAAGGCCUGAUCGAUGUCACGGACUGCUACUACGGAUUCCCCAUCGCAUUGUCCUACCCUCACUUCUAUAAAGGAGACGAUGUGCUCUUCAGCAAAGUUGAAGGCUUGACUCCGAAUAAAGAACAGCAUGAGACUAGAUUCUGGGUUCAGCCUGAUGCAGGCUUGCCUCUCGACGUCAGCUCCAAGUUCCAGAUCAACAUGGCGCUCGGUGACAUCAGCAACAUUCGCAACGUGGACAAGUUCUCCCAUCUGUACCUUCCACUCCUGUGGUUUGAUAUUAGAAUGUACACCCUCACGCCGAACUUAGAACUCAAAUUCAAGUUUUACUUAAACAUACUACCCGUCGUCGAACGAUGUUGGAUGUACAUCAGUUUCAUCGCUGGUACUAUCUUGAUACUCAUCACCACUUACAUCUUAACAUUCAAGAUCAUGUUCAAGUCAUACGCGAAGAAGAACCAAAAUAUUAACUUCAGACCGAACCUUUGGGUGGAAAGAGAGAGAAAAAACAAAGGGAACAGCAAAGGCGACAUAUACACUCCCUGUGAAGUACCCCUCUCAGAUACCGAUUCAGACCAAACGUAUGAUACUAAAUCGACGUUCCUAAAAACCCAAAGUGACAAAAUCAAAGAAUUGGGAAACAGAUUGAGUGAUAAAGUUCACAAGUUUGAACUAGCUCACUCCAAACAUAAUACAAAACAAAGUAAUAGGAAAAACUCACUAAUAACUCCUGAAGAAUCACAAGAUGAGACCAAUGAUGCGUUCAAAAGUGAUUCGAGUGAAAGUGAUUCUUACACAAACAGAUAUCGAGAAGUGAAACAGAGUGAUAGUGAGGACGAUUGCAAAUAUUUGGAAGUUUUAGACGAUGGUGCAGAGUUUGAUGAUGUCGAUUACCGAAGAGACAAAAAGAACGAGUUGUACAUACAUAUCGAAUAAUUUAAUCGAUAAUUUGUCUUGCCAUUUUGAACUUGCCUUCAUUUUUGUUAGUGAUGAACUAUUUUUUCUAGUAGACUGGUUGCAGUGCCAAGGAUAGUUAGAUUAAAAGGAACUUUUUGUAUUUCCAUUUCUUGUCGUGAAAUGGAUUGUUAUAAGUAAUUAUUGUUAGAUUUUUACAUUUUAGACUGAGAGUUGGAGAGAAAUUUUCUGAAGUUCGUUCUGAUUUUGUCUUUCUAAGAGCGUUUCCUUUUAAAAGUCUGAACUUUUCCUUUCUCGACUUUGUUAGGAAUUUCGUAGUUUUUCGCAGAUUCCGCGGGUGAUUCGAGAAGAAAAAGUUCCCCCUUUUGGAAAGAAAAAAUCAGGAAGAACAUCUCUUAGUGUACUGACUACCAGCGUUUCCCUUUAAUUUUAUAGAGUUAAGUAGUUUUUUAAAUAAUAUUAAUAAUUUUGAUUGUGAAACAAAAAGUAAUAUAUUUUUGUCAAUAUUGUAGUUUAUUUUCUAUUAGAUUUUUAGUCUUUUCAGUAGCGACUUAAAUUUACAAACUUUUUUAUUUAUAUUAUUAAUUUUUGUAUGCAAUUUUGUAUGUAAGAAAAAGUGCAGCUGAAUUGACAAUUUUUUAUUUAUAUCAGUUUGGCAACCCAAAAAUUUGCAAUCGAAAUUAUUAAUACUAUUAUGCACCAAUAAAUAAGACUUAUUGUUUAAAGUAAUAAUUUAUUUUAUUGAUAAAUAUAAUUUGAGAUUCCAAAUCAUGGAUAAGGUAACGAAUAAAUAAAAUAUUAUUGCAUUUCUACUUACUUGUAAUAUAAAAAUGCGAAAUUGUUUAUUUAUUAAAACUUGCCUUAUAAUGAUUUCUGAGUCAGUAAAUUUUGUGUAUUACGCUUUUUAAAAUAAUAAUAUUUCAAUCGAUGAAAACAUUUGUUAAAAAUAUAAUUAAUGAAAACCAGCGAUUUUAAUAUUAAUGACAAUCUGAAUCUGUUUUACUAUACCAAUAACUACCUACCUGUAAAAUAGUUUCACAUUGAAUAGUUUAAAUAUUAAUUAAGAUAAUAAAUUUCAUAAUUUAUUUUGUUUUGACGCUUUAUUACAAAAUAAAUAAUGUAAUUUAUAAAUACAGAAUUAGUUUCAAUAAAUUGUAAAUAUAUUUAAUGAAAUGCUCAAAUAACGCUUUUUUGUGCUGAAGUUAGGUUAGUUUAGGUUUAUUAUAAGAAGGGCUUAUUUCUGAAUAAAACAGAUCUAAUUUUAUUUGAAUAAUUUUUUUGAUUAAAUUACGCUUUGUAAUUUAUUAUAUUCUAAGUAUGAAAUAUAAUAUUAUAAAAAAAUAUUUACGAUUUUAUUUAGGUUGUUUUUUAAUUGAUUACCAAUUAAUAAAAAAUAUUUAUUUUAAAGUAAAUUAUUUUUGGACCCUUUUAUUUAUUUUUAAUACCAAACAAAGCGUUAUUUAUUUUAAUUGAAAAUUAAGUAAAAUGUUUUUACUAUAGAUUAUAAAAUAUACAUAAAAUAUAAAAAGAGCUCAACUCGAAUUGUGAUAUGAAAACAGUAAUUGUGUGAUGUAUUAAGUGCGUAACACUUUUUAUAGCACUGGGUGACCUAAAUCCUUACUUAAGUAACGCUUAUCCGUGACUUAAAUCGUCCAUUUUACACCAUGCAAAUAUGGACUACUUAAGUCACAGAUAAAAUAAUCGUUACGCGGGUUUCGGUCACAUACCCAUGACUUCAGCAAGUCUAUUAUUGCACGAAAUACCUAUAAAGUGCAUUUUCAAGCACUUUCUCCCAUUGUGCAAUAAUAAACUACUUAAGUCAUAUACUAUUACGUGUGUGUAUGUUUUUUUUUUUCAAUUAUUAAGUGUCGGUCACUUUAUUUGUACUCAGUUCUACUUACUGGUUAUAAAAUUGAAAAUAUAAUAAAAAUAUUUUAGAAAAUU